AUGAAGCCUGUAGAGGACAAGCUGAGCGAGGACGUCGAAUUGGGAAGUGACGCCCGGCGGCAGCACUUCUGGGAACACGGCAUUUUUGGGGACCGGCGGGUGCACCGGGACCUCAGGCAGGGAUUCAAGUAUGAGGGCGUGUACAGGCGCAAGGGCGGCCUGCCGCUGCUGCUGGCGGCCGUGGAGGGCACCGACCACGAGGGCCGCCUGUUCCGCUGGGUGGCGCGCCGCGCCCGCAAGCGCGUGCUGCAGCCCUACCGCUGCUCCAAGCCGCUGCCGCCCGUGGACUGGCUGGGCUGGCUGGACGCGCGGCAGCACUGGCGCAAGCUGGGCUGGUGGAUCGCCAUACUGUACUCUCUGGGCAGCCUGCUGUUUGUGAUCAGCGGGGUGGCGGGCGAAAUCCAAUCGGUGGUGGAGAGCAGCGACGGCGUCCGCUCGCUGUCAGCCGCCCUCAUCGCCUGGCCAAACCUCAUCGCGGCAAACCUGUGCUUCUUCCCGGCUGGCGCCAUCCAGAUUGUGGAGAGUACCAACAUGGACUUUGGCAGCAAGCUGGCGGCCUGGCAGGAGCAGGGGGGCAAGGGGCCCCGCCCCCACCACCGCCUGCAGCCGCACCGAGACGACCUGCGGACAAUCUCAUGGUGGGCCUCUGUGAUUCAGUGGACAGGCAUGAUGGGCUUCAACAUCGCCACCAUCGCCGCCUUCUUGGCCACGAUCAUCGAGCUGCAGGCAGGUUGCUGGCUGGCUGACCUGGCAGCCGCAGCACCCGACACGGCACGCUGGACCAUCAAUUUCGGCUUCACCUACGGAGGAGCCGCAUUCACAGUGAGCGCCGUCAUGUUUGCUAUGGAGGCGACCGGCAGCUGGUGGCGGGGCCUGGUGCCCUCUCGCACGGAGGACCUGCGCAGCAUCAGCUGGCAUGCAGCCUUCUGGAAUUUCUACGGCAGCGCGGGCUUCCUCAUUGGCGGCGCAGCCACAUACGCCACCAGCUUCAGCUGGACGCAGCUGCAAAUCAUCAACGGCGUCGGCAACCUGGGCGGCGCGGUGUGGUUCCUGAUGGCAGCGCUGGCGGCAGCGCUAGAGCAGGCCAACCCGGGGCGCACCUGA